AGCGUCGAUUGAUCAUUCUGCAAGGAGCGCUGCACACGAGGGUCCAAUUCAAAACAACACGAAACCUUCCCAACAACAAGCGACUCAAACACUUUUUUUAAUGAACCAGUGCACCUGAAUUUGGCACUUGCCGCUAAACAAUCACCUACUAAAUUGGUGGUUAACAUGGAGGCCCCUAUUACUCUAUCCGGUACAAGGGUCCCAACCACCCCAAGUAUGGUUACCAUGACUACAGCUGGUGAGAGGGAAAUGCUCCCGCAACAUAUCACCCCAGAGGGACCAGACAGUGUCCUUAGCUUGGACCCCAUAACACCAUUCAAGGAAGGAGGCCUUAGAAAGAAGCCUGGUAAGAUUGGUUCAAAAAGAAAGCUCUUUCUCCUGGCUGGUGGUGGCUCAGCUGUAAAAGCUAAAAAGGUGUCUACUGGUAUCAUCAAUAAACCUAAAAAAACAAGCUCUUCUGCUGUGGCUCCACCCAGCACACCUAAACCAGUUGAUGGCUCCUGGCCCGUCUACCCUCUAACUGAACGGCAGCAGCUGCAGUACUUACUGGAGGUUACAGCAAGGGAGGCUCAAAAAGAAGAAGCAGAAUCAGAGACUGAUGAGAGUGCAGAGCAACCAUCUGAGAGAUUACGACAGAAAGAGCCAGAGAAGAAAGAGAGUAAUGCUGUGCGAGUUAGCAAGAGAAAUGAGCGUGGUGAAACGGCAUUGCACCUUGCAUCUAUUAAAGGAGAUGUUGAUGAACUGAGGUCACUGAUCAAAGCUGGAGCCAAUGUGAACAUCAAGGACUACGCAGGCUGGACACCCCUGCAUGAGGCUUGCAAUUUUGGUCACAUCUCAAUUGUUGAAGAGCUAAUAAAGGCGGGAGCAUGUGUGAACACCCCUGGCUAUGAGUCAAUUACCCCUCUACAUGACGCCAUCAUUAAUAACCAUGUGCAGGUGGUAGAGCUCCUCCUUUACCAUGGAGCUGACCCAGACAAGAUGACCCUCCAGGAAUACAAAGCAAUUGAUCUGGCAAGAUCAGCAUCUAUUAUAGAACUCUUGCAAACAGGCAAGGCACCAACAAACACCCCCAAGCUGCAAGAGGACACAGCCCAUGGCAGCAUUCCCUUAAGAGAUACAAGGGACUCAGUAAACAACUAUAGUGAUACCGAAAUAAAGAAAGGUUCUACAGAAACUUCUAAUGUCCAUAAUGAAGGGACCUGCCAGACAAAUGGAUUGCAGAAGGUUUCUAAAGAUAUUAGUAGGUCUCCGCAUUAUCAGAACAAUGCGCAAAGUGCUCAAGAUUGCAAUCAGAAUGAGCUUAAGUCUGAGAAGCACAUACCUUUUGACUCAGCGACUGAUAUUGAAAUGGCAGAUGAAGAGGUUGACCCAAGGAAAUUGAAUGAAUGUAUGGAUAAAGCAAUGAUUGAGAUAUCCUCGUAUUUACAAGUAACAACGGAUAACUCAUUGAUAACUGCACCUGUGAAUUCGGUCUCUGGAUCCCAAAACAGCAUUGAGACCCAACCUCGAGUAAUCUCAACAGCCACCGUCAUGAGCAGCUCAACAGUGAGUGAUAAUCAGCAGAAAGAGCAUGCCUCGAACAGCAGGGAUUUGAAUUGUGCCGAGGUUAUUAACCCAAAUGGUGAGUUAUUCGAGGAAGAUGAAGUAUCAGAGCAGGUGAAGUCUCCAAGCACACAGGACAAAGAAGGUGAAAAGGAAAUGCAUAAAGGGCGGGAGGCAAGCGGGAGGACAAUUAUCACAAGGCAAGACAGGCUGAGGAACAAGGAAAAUUCCAUUCCUACCCAUAAAAGUGCCUAUGUGAAGAAGCGUCGGUCGUCUGUGAGGAUUUCCUCAAAGAGUGAUGACUCUGCUGUCGAGGGGCAAGAAUGUGCUAGCCACAUAAGAGAUCCCUCUUGGAGAAAAUUUAUUGAACAGCAUAGAUACUCCAUGCACGAACUACCUCUAAACAUCCCGGGAUACAAGGAUUUCUUGAUAAACAGGAGCGUCUCCCAGGUUCCAACAAAGAUAUCUGAAGUCAAAGAUAUGGAAAGUGAAGAACUCAGUAAACUAAGAACAAGUCAUCAGGUGGAACAGGAAAAGCUGAGGAUAUCAUUUGAGCAGGAGGUGGUGCGUCUGUUUGGCAACUUUGCGCGUUCCCUGAUCAGGAGGGAUGUGCCGUUUGGAGUUUGUACGAUUCUCAAGCACCAGAUGACUAUGCAACACCGAGAGGUUUUACAUCCAGCUGCAAGUAACUCUAUGCGAUAUCCCAGUGCCGAGAGGAUACGAACAGACAUAGCAGCGCUCAUACAUAAAUUUGGAACACUGAAGGACAAACUGUUAAGAAGGCAGAGGCACGAGUUUGACGCAGCUUUAGCUCUAUUGCAGCUUACAGAUGGCGACUCGAGUCAAGGGUGUUUAGAAGCCCAAAGCUACCCAAAAGACUUCGCGCUGAUCCCGAAAGCCUUCCGAGAGUAUUACGAAGACUUCUUAUGUCUUAUCGACUAAGAAGGUAUGAAUGACUGGGAUUCCGAUAGCCUACCGAGAGUUACUACGAAGACUUCUUAUGUCUUAUCGACUACGCAGGCAUUUAUCACGGGGAUUCCAAAAGCCUACCGAUAUGCGGAUUCUUGUAUUUUAUCGAGCGAACAGACUAUGGCGUUUAUGAUUCCAAUAGCCUUCUACGAGUACUACGAAAGCCUGUACGACUGGACAGAAAUGAAAAGGGAGUUGACAAAAAGUAUAAUCGGCGAUGCUCAAUUUUUCCUAUGUUUAUUUUAAUGUCGCGUCCGAACUGUUUAGGGGAGAGAAAGCUAGCAGACAGUUUAUAGUUCAAAGGUAUUCCUGUUAUUUUUAAGUGGUUGAGUCAGUGUUUUGUCACGAAAACGGAAAAAAUAUAUAUAUUGUAAAAAAGGAGUAAAUUAAAUAAUUACUUUUUUAUGA